UACACAGUACAGUUGAAACUACCUCUACAUAACGCCGCAUUCUCUACUCAGGACAAGGUGGUCUAGCAAUAAUUCCGACACCAUGCUCCUCCUAGACUAUCAAAAUGUCCUGAUUGAGUCUCUACUCAAGGACCGCUUCAGCGGUGCCGCUCCCACUUCGAUCGAUCAAGUGGUCUCCGACUUCGACAAUGUCACUUUCCACAUCUCGACCCAGGAAUCGAAGUCGAAGAUCCUCAUUUCCAUAUCAAUAAAGUGCUUCCAGGACCUGGUUCGGUAUGGGGCUCAACAGGUACUGGAGCGGGAAUAUGGCCCGUAUAUUGUCGCCCCGGAGUCGGGUUAUGAUUUCUCGGUCCAAGUGGAUUUAGACAACCUCCCCGCUGAUCAAGAGUCGCGAGAUGACCUCAUUCGGCGACUAUCAUUGAUGAAGCGGAACGCCAUGGCAGCACCGUUCGAGCAAGCAUUCGAUGAAUACGCGCAAUUGCACGAAGAAGCGUCAAAAUUCACCUCCGAAUCGGCUCCGCAGGGCAUUCAAGAAGGAGGAGAAAUCCGCGCCAUCCACUACCGGGAGGAAGAAGCCAUCUACAUCCAGGCCAGCCAUGACCGGGUGACCGUCAUAUUCAGUACUGUUUUCCGGGAGGAGACAGAUCGGGUGUUUGGCAAAGUGUUCCUCCAGGAAUUCGUGGAUGCGAGACGGCGAGCGAUACAAAAUGCGCCUCAGGUCCUCUUCAGGCACGACCCUCCACUCGAGCUCCAGAAUGUUCCCGGUUUUAGGCAUCCUGAUACUGGCGAGGUUGGGUACAUCACGUUUGUUCUCUUCCCACGACAUCUGACCAAGCAACGACGAGAAGAGGUCAUUUCUCACAUCCAAACCUUCCGUGACUACUUCCACUACCACAUCAAAGCAUCAAAAGCCUACAUCCACUCGCGGAUGAGAAGAAGAACGGCCGACUUCCUUCAAGUGCUUCGCCGCGCUCGACCGGAGAACGAAGAGAAGGAACGCAAGACGGCCAGUGGCCGUACCUUCAGGGUACAAGGAUAAAUAUUGGCUUUAACGCCUUUCCAGCGCUAUAAAGCGACUUGCCAAC